AACCGGGACCUCCUCGCCGUCCCGCCGCCCGUCCGUCGGGAACCGAGCGACACGGUGCCGCGGGGUGUCCCCGCGGGGCUCUGGGAUGGCCGAGCCGGGGGCUGCGGGGGGGCUCAGGGGGCGGGAGCUCCGGUUCGCGGUGCCCGGGCGCGGUGGCACCGUGGGAGCGGCACCGUGGGAAGGCGCCGGGCCCCCCCGCCGCUCCGGAAGCCGCCGGCGCGGGGCAGUGAAUGGGCGGAAGGCAGCGGCGGGACCCCCCGGCCCCGGUGCCACUUCCCCUUCCCGGGUCAGCGGCCGCUUUCCCUCCUGGAGGCGGCCCGGCCCGGCCCGUCCGCUCCGAGCGUCGCAGCGGGAACAAUGGCAGAGCCCUUCGUGGUGGAGAGCCCCGACGUCGCGUACGGCAAAGACUUCAUCGAGGCGCAGUACACGUACAGCACCGCGCACGUCUGCAGGGAGGGCGGUGUCACCAAGGUCCGGCCCUGCUCCACGCGCUUCACCUUCCGCACGGCGCGGCACGUCCCCCGCCUGGGGCUGAUGCUGGUGGGCUGGGGGGGCAACAACGGCACCACGGUGACGGCGGCUGUGUUGGCCAAUCGCCUGGGGCUGUCCUGGAUGACCAAAACCGGCCGCAAGAAAGCCAACUACUACGGCUCGCUGCUGCAGGCCUCCACUGUAUGCCUGGGUGCCGGCCCCACCGGGGAUGUCUAUGUGCCGUUCCGGGAUCUGCUGCCCAUGGUGCACCCCAACGACAUCGUCUUUGAUGGGUGGGACAUCUCCUCUCUGAACCUGGCCGAGGCCAUGCGGCGCGCCGAGGUGCUGGACUGGGCGCUGCAGGAGCAGCUGUGGCCUCACAUGGAGCAGAUGAAGCCCCGACCCUCCAUCUACAUCCCCGAGUUCAUCGCCGCCAACCAGGAGGAGCGGGCGGACAACGUGCUGCGUGGCUCCAAGGCUGAGCAGGUGGAGCAGAUCCGCAGGGACAUCCGGGACUUCAGGGCGAGCAGCGGGGUGGACAAAGUCAUCGUGCUGUGGACGGCCAACACCGAGCGCUUCUGUGAUGUGGUGCCAGGGCUCAACGACAGCGCCGACAACCUGCUGCGAGCCAUCGAGCGAGGCCUGGAGGUGUCCCCAUCCACGCUGUUCGCUGUGGCCAGCAUCCUGGAGGGCUGCGCCUACAUCAACGGGUCGCCCCAGAACACCUUCGUGCCGGGCGCCGUGGAGUUGGCAGCGCAGCGCCGCGUCUUCAUCUGCGGGGAUGACUUCAAAUCGGGGCAGACGAAGCUGAAGUCGGUGCUGGUGGAUUUCCUGGUGGGCGCCGGGCUGAAGCCCAGGUCCAUCGUCAGCUACAACCACCUGGGGAACAACGAUGGGAAGAACCUCUCUGCGCCGCAGCAGUUCCGCUCCAAGGAGAUCUCCAAGAGCAACGUGGUGGAUGACACAGUGCAGGCCAACCCGCUGCUGUACGGCCCGCAGGACAAACCUGACCACUGCGUGGUGAUCAAAUACGUGCCCUACGUGGGGGACAGCAAGCGAGCACUGGAUGAAUACACCUCGGAGAUCAUGAUGGGCGGCACCAACACCAUCGUCAUCCACAACACGUGCGAGGACUCAUUGCUGGCCAGCCCCAUCAUCCUGGAUUUGGCCAUCCUGACCGAGCUGUGCCAGCGCAUCACCUUCUGCACUGACAGCGACCCCGAGUUCCAGAGCUUCCACAGCGUCCUCUCCAUCGUCGCCUUCCUCUGCAAAGCCCCCCUGGUGCCCGACGGGACCCCCGUCGUCAACGCGCUCUUCCGUCAGCGCAGCUGCAUUGAGAACAUCCUGAGGGCCUGCCUGGGGCUGCCCCCCCAGAACCACAUGCUGUUGGAGCACAAGAUGCAGCGGCCGCCGCUCGGCCCCAAGCGCUGCUGCCCGGCGGGGGCUGCGUGCCCCAUCAGCCCCAAGAAGGCGGCCCCCCCCGCCCAGCUCAACGGGCAUCCCGGCACCCCCCGCCCCCCCCUCCACAUCGACGGCACCGAAUAACGCCCGCCCACCCCCAGGGCUCAGCACCACCCCCCUCCCCCCAUUGCCACCAGCGGGGUGGGGGGUCUCUGCUGUACGG